CGAAACUAAUCAUAAAUUCACAUCUUCGCCCAAUCUGUAGAGAGAGAGAAAUGGGGGCAGUGACAACGGCGUUGAUAGCCAUAGCGGCGGUGGCGCUGGGAUGGUGUACGAUCGAGAUCGCGUGCAAGCCCUGUCUCGAGAAGGGGCGCGAAGCCAUAGAUCGCAACCUCAACCCCGAUUACGAUCCAGACGACGAUAUCGACACCGCCGCCGCCAUUCGCGCCCCUCUCAAUCCCGAUUACGCUGAGGCCGCCGCCGCUUCCUCCACCGUCGUCAAGGCCGUCUGAUUCAGCCAGAAAUUGAGCGAUCUCGUCGCCGAGGAAUAUUAUUGUGCGUUAAUUGCGUGUUUAAUUUUUUUUUUCAGUUUCGUGAUUAACUGCGCCUUGAUGCUUAAUUUGUUUGUUGCUUUUGCUUUGCCAUCUGAGAUUGGAAUUUAUUAGUGUUUCUCUCUUCUUUUUUUCA